ACAUGGCAUAAAUAAUCGGAAAGGAAAUGAAAAGUCUGUUGCAAAACACUGCGAAAUCACAUGGACCCCACACUGCAACAUUACACGCUGUUUGCAUUCAAUGCUGCUUUCCUCAAUCACUCACUCUUCACACCUUUUUUACCCAUCUCUCACCUUAAACAAGAAAAGUUUUCAGUUGGUUUCUUAUUUUGGUGGAAAACGAAAAUUAAAAUAAGGAUUACAACACUCCAUAGACGUGAUGGAGGAUGAGGAGUGGGUUCUUGUUCGCCGGACUACUGAGAAAGACUGGUGGAGCUCCAGUUUUAUGGAUGAUGACGACAAUGGAGAGAAUUCUAGUUCGUUGAAGAUUACAUUUAAUGGGCCGGCUAAGCAUUGGACGGAUGCGAUUCCCAUAGGGAAUGGAAGACUUGGUGCCAUGAUCUGGGGUGGUGUUGCAUUAGAAACUCUUCAGCUUAAUGAGGAUACACUCUGGACCGGGACUCCAGGAAAUUAUACUAAUCCUCACGCCCCAGAAGCCCUCUCGGUAGUCAGAAAACUUGUCGAUAAUGGCCAGUAUGCUGAUGCUACAACUGCAGCAGAAAAGCUGUCCCACGAUCCUUCUGAUGUUUACCAACUACUUGGUGAUAUCAAGCUAGAAUUUGAUAAUUCCCAUCUCAAAUAUGUUGAGAAAUCAUAUCACAGGGAGCUGGACUUGGAUACUGCAACCGCCAGAGUAAAAUAUUCUGUUGGGGAUGUAGAAUAUACUAGGGAAUACUUUGCUUCUAAUCCUAAUCAAGUGAUCGCAACAAAGAUUUCUGGAAGCAAAUCAGGGUCUGUAUCAUUUACAGUAUAUCUAGACAGCAAGAUGCAUCACUAUUCAUAUGUUAAAGGUGAAAAUCAGAUUAUAAUGGAAGGAAGUUGUCCUGGUAAAAGGAUCCCACCAAAACUGAAUGCAGAUGACAAUCCAAAGGGAAUUCAGUUUACAGCAAUUCUCAAUUUACAGAUUAGUAAUAGCAGAGGAGUAGUUCAUGUUUUAGAUGGCAGGAAGUUGAAGGUUGAAGGUUCAGACUGGGCUAUUUUGCUUUUAGUGUCUUCUUCUUCAUUUGAUGGGCCAUUCACUAAGCCUAUAGAUUCCAAGAAGGACCCUACUUCAGACUCCUUGAGUGCAUUAAAGUCAAUAAACAAUUUGUCCUAUACUGAUCUAUAUGCACAUCAUUUGGAUGAUUAUCAGAGUCUUUUUCAUCGUGUUUCACUCCAGCUUUCAAAAAGCUCCAAGAGGGUUUCAGGAAAUGAGCCUUUGCACAUGAAGAAGCAUAUGGCAAAUAAUAAUGAUUUAUUUUUCAAGAGAAGUGAAGACGAUACAGUUUCAACUGCAGAGAGGGUGAAAUCCUUCAAAACUGAUGAAGAUCCAUCCUUGGUGGAGCUAUUAUUUCAAUAUGGUCGUUACUUGCUUAUUUCCUGUUCAAGGCCUGGAACUCAGGUGGCAAAUCUGCAGGGUAUAUGGAACAAGGAUAUUGAACCACCAUGGGAUGGUGCCCAACACUUGAACAUAAACCUACAAAUGAACUACUGGCCUGCCCUUCCUUGCAAUCUAAAAGAGUGUCAGGAUCCCUUGUUUGAGUACAUCUCCUCCCUGUCAAUCAAUGGGAGUAAGACUGCAAAAGUUAACUAUGACGCUAAAGGUUGGGUUGCACAUCAAGUAUCUGACAUUUGGGCAAAAACAUCUCCGGAUCGAGGUCAAGCUGUAUGGGCUUUGUGGCCAAUGGGAGGGGCUUGGCUCUGUACACACUUGUGGGAGCAUUAUACUUACACGAUGGACAAAGAUUUUCUAAAAAAUAAAGCAUACCCGUUGUUGGAAGGAUGCUCAUUGUUUCUAUUGGACUGGUUGAUUGAAGGACGUGGAGGAUAUCUAGAAACUAACCCAUCAACUUCUCCAGAACACAUGUUUAUUGAUCCAGAUGGUAAACCUGCUAGUGUGAGCUAUUCAUCAACCAUGGACAUGUCAAUCAUAAAAGAAGUAUUUUCUGCAAUUAUUUCUGCUGCUGAGAUUUUGGGGAAAAACGAGGAUGAAAUUGUUCAAAAAGUCCGUGAAGCUCAGCCAAGGCUUUUACCAACAAGAAUAGCUAGGGAUGGUUCCAUUAUGGAAUGGGCCGUGGAUUUUGAAGAUCCAGAGAUUCAUCAUCGACAUGUAUCACACCUCUUUGGCCUGUUUCCAGGGCAUACAAUAACUGUUGAGAAAACUCCGGACCUCUGUAAAGCUGCAGAUUAUACCCUUUAUAAAAGAGGAGACGAAGGUCCAGGAUGGUCAACUAUAUGGAAAACUGCAUUGUGGGCACGCCUUCACAACAGUGAACAUGCAUAUCGGAUGGUUAAACAUUUGUUUGACCUAGUGGAUCCAGAUCAUGAAAGCAAUUAUGAAGGAGGGCUAUAUGGUAACCUUUUCACUUCACACCCUCCUUUCCAGAUCGAUGCCAACUUUGGUUUUUCCGCAGCAAUAGCUGAAAUGCUAGUCCAGAGCACCGUAAAAGACCUGUACUUACUUCCUGCUCUUCCUCGAUAUAAGUGGGCGAAUGGUUGCGUGAAAGGACUGAAGGCACGAGGUGGGGUGACAGUCAAUGUAUGCUGGAAAGAAGGGGAUCUUCAUGAAGUCGGUCUUUGGUCGAAGGAACAUCAUUCUAUUAAACGAUUACAUUACAGAGGAACUAUAGUGAACGCAAACUUAUCACCUGGUAGAGUUUACACAUUCAAUAGACAGUUGAGAUGCAUAAAGACAUACGCUCUUCCAUCAGCAACUUCCUAUUGAAGGUAGAGAUAAGUAUCUUUAGAACAAUAUUAUUCAGACAUUCCGUGAUAAAUCUGGCUAUGAAUUACGAUUUUUUUUAAAUAUAUCAAACACACAUUUUCUUAUGAAUACAUCUACGACGACUUCUACUUUCUUUUUUCA